AUGCCUCCGGCCAAUCAGGACCCGGCGUCGCAGGCCCCUCCGACGAACGCGACCGACGCAGUGCUCAAGCCGUCCGAGCCCGUGCCAGCAGACGCCAGGGAGGUGCAGGGCAUCGAGUUCAACGACUAUGCGCAGCGCAGCAUCACCGUCGAGGAGCUGAUGGGGGGGUAUGCGCGCAUGGGCUUCCAGGCAACUGCGAUCGGCGAAGCGGUGCGGAUUGUCAAUGACAUGCGCACGUGGAAGGAUGCUGAAACAGGCGAGGGCACGACCGUCUUUCUGGGCUACACGUCCAACCUGAUCUCCUCGGGCCUGAGGGAAACGCUGCGUUACCUGGUACAGCACAAGCACGUCUCUGCCAUCGUCACGACCGCCGGCGGUGUCGAAGAGGAUUUCAUAAAAUGUCUCGGGCCAACCUACCUGGGCGCAUUCUCAACGCCGGGCGCCAGUCUGCGUGCAAAGGGGCUCAACCGGAUAGGCAACUUGCUAGUGCCGAACAACAAUUACUGUGCAUUUGAAGACUGGGUCUUGCCCAUCCUUGACCAGAUGCUGGUGGAGCAGGAGGAGAGCAAGCAGACCGACGAGCCGAUACACUGGACGCCGAGCAAGGUCAUCAGUCGGCUUGGCAAGGAGAUCAACGACGAGCGCUCCGUAUACUACUGGGCGUGGAAAAACGACAUUCCCGUCUUCUGCCCAGCACUGACCGACGGCAGCCUCGGCGACAUGCUCUACUUUCACACUUUCAAGUCAUCUCCCGACCAGCUGCGCAUAGACAUUGUUGAGGACAUUCGCAAGAUCAACACCAUUGCGGUGCGGGCGAAAAGGUCCGGCAUGAUCAUUCUAGGCGGAGGAAUUGUCAAACAUCACAUUGCCAACGCAAACUUGAUGCGGAACGGUGCUGAGAGUGCCGUCUACAUCAACACGGGUCAGGAAUACGACGGGAGCGAUGCGGGAGCGCGGCCAGACGAGGCAGUUAGCUGGGGGAAGAUCAAGACGGACGGCGACAGCGUCAAAGUGUACGCGGAGGCGACAAUUGCGUUUCCGUUGAUCGUUGCAGCUACGUUCGCGAAGGGAAGGCCAGACAGUGGAGAAUCAUGAUAGCCACCGAAACGCAAUCCGUACAAUCACUGUGUCGUGCGCUUCGUGUGAAAUUUGUGCUUUCCGUAGAUGCGUCUGCCACGCCAUCUAGCAGCACCAACACGAGUCGUAAGUGGAAGUGAGGUGCAGGUAGAGUCGGAGGAGCUACAGGGAUGCGUGGCCGGUGUGUCCCCACAGUUGUAAUCGUCGCUCAAUGCAGGGUAGUGCAAGUUGCAGCCUAGAUUUGGGGCCGCGAGCCACCGCAGGGGAGCAACAAGCUACGCAGCAGGGU